GUAUGUUACUGAGAGACACCGGGACUGCCGUGGGCCAGCACAGGCUUAAAAAACGGGUCUCCGACUUCAGACAUCGAUCGUCCUCUUGCUCCACGCUCCACGCUGCCUUGCUCCACGCCCGAGGACAGAAGAACGGCCGGGCCUCUGAUCCGGAGACAGAGUGGGAACACGGGCCAAGGCUGAUAGAGCUGUGGGCCCGGAUGGCAUGGGGGAGUGGAGGGCAGGGGUGGUGCGAGGGUAGCGGCGAGUGUUGGGGAUGAGCCCCGCCCCCCCAUGACUUAGACCAUCACGGGCCAGCGCUGCGCUGGAACCGGGAGAAGCCGAGACGUUGGCCCUCCAGGUUCCUAGAGAGGCCGCCGAGGCCCGAGGCUGUGACGCGCUUGCGCGACCAGAUGGGCGUGGUCCUGGACCCGGUGCCCGCAGCGCCGAGGGCGGAUCUGGGAGCGCUUCGCCGCCCGGGGCGCCCCGCCCGGAGGAGACCAUUUGGAGGAAUGGUUUCCGCGCUUUCUCUCCUCUCCUAAUCGUGCGAACAAAGCUGCUCAUUGCCGACGGCUAGGGACGCGGUGACGUCUGAUGUCCCAGCAAAUGGCAUUGUCUACUACGGUGCUGAAAAGAUACUCCCAACGUCCCAGCGGCGGCACGGCUAACCUAGGCUUGGUUUGCACUCUGCUGUGGACACCCUAAGCAGGAGCGAUGCCUCCAGGCAGGUGGUAUGCUGUCCAUCCAGCGCAGGCCCAGGCUUCACGGGAGCGAGAACGCCUUCAGCUGGUGAAGAAGGAAGAAGAGGAUGAAGGCUACACCGCAGUGCAGGCUCCGAGGCCCCAGACACUCAACCUUCCUGGCCAGGAGCUGUUCCGCCAGCUCUUCAGACAGCUUCGCUACCACGAGUCUUCUGGGCCCCUUGAGACUCUGAGCCGGCUCCGCGAGCUCUGCCGCUGGUGGCUGAGGCCCGACGUUCUCUCCAAGGCCCAGAUCCUGGAGCUGCUGGUGCUGGAGCAGUUCCUGAGCAUCCUGCCCAGUGAGCUCCGGACCUGGGUGCAGCUGCACCACCCUGAGAGUGGCGGGAAGGCUGCGGCCCUGCUGGAAGAGCUGCAGAGAGACUUCAAUGGGACACCAUGGACGGACCCAGCCCCUGCCCAGAGCCCAGAUGUACAAUGGAUGGGUACGGGAGCCCUGCGAGCCGCACAGAAAUGGCCCUCUGCUUCACCUCCCAGGAGCGGCUCUGCUCCGGGGGACCACCUGGAGCCUCCCUAUGAAAUAGGAGUGCGUGACUUCCUGGCUGGGCAAUCCGAUCCUCCUGCUGCCCAGGUGCCUGCCCUUCCCCAGGAAGAGGGCUGCCCUGGAGAUGGGGCGACAGCCCAGCCUCAGGAGGCUCUGACCUUCAAGGACGUGGAGGUGACCUUCUCCCAGGAUGAGUGGGCCUGGCUGAACCCUGCUCAGCGGAACCUCUACAGGGAUGUGAUGCUGGAGAACUAUGGGAGCUUGGCUUCUCUGGUGGGGCCACUGGCCAAACCUGCCCUGAUCUCUUGGUUGGAGGCAAGGGAGCCGUGGGGCCUGAACGUCCAGAGAGCCCAGCCUAAGGCGAAGCCAGGUGCUGCCCCGGCAGGAGGCGAGCUCCAGAUUAAAUCAAGCAAGCUCAUCCUAAACCCCAAACCUUUGGAAGACGCACAGGCCUUAGCUGUGUCGUCAGGAUGUCGUGUGAUGAGUGUUUCUGAGGAAACAGGGCCCAGAGAACCUGUGGAACAGAAGAGCCCGUUCCAGGAGGGAGGUGGCAAUCCCACACACACGAGUGCUAAGAGAAAAGAGGCCAGUUUCAGUCACCGGACAGGAAAGGAACCGGAAGACUCGGGCGGCGGUAGUAGUGUCAGUCUCAGACACGUAUAUUUCCGAGUUCCCAAAAGAAAAAGGAAGCAUGGCUGCGGCCGACACUUCAGAGGGAGCUCAUACCACUAUGACUACAAGGAGUACGGGAAAGGCCUCAGGCUCGUGAUCAGCGGGUUUAACCUACAUCACAGAAUUCACGCUGGAAUGAAAGCCCCCUCAAAGGAAGCGCACGGGAAAGACUUCAGCCUCAGCUCGCAUCACCAACGCAAUCUUCAUGUGGUGGGGACUUUCUAUAAGUGUGCUGACUGUGGGAGGAACUUCAGCCGUAGCUCCUACCUCGAAUACCAUCAGAGACUCCACACUCAGGAGAAGCCGUUUAAAUGCCGAGUGUGUGGGAGAGCCUUCAGGUGGAGUUCCAAUCGCACGCGACACGAGAGAAUUCACACUGGACUGAAACCUUAUAAAUGCAAUUUAUGCGGCAAAGCUUUCCAGCGCCUGUACGCCUACCACCUGCACCAGGAGUCCCACGCCAACCAGCUGUAUCUCAAAACGAGGCGGUGUCAGGAAGCGCUCGCCUACGGCCCCCGGUUGGAUCAUCAUUUGCAAGACCAAAGCGGGGAGAAGCUCUUUGACUGCAGCCAGUGCAGGAAAUCCUUCCACUGUAAAUCGUAUAUCCUCCAGCAUCAAAGGAUCCACACCCAGGAGAAGCCCUUUAAAUGUACCAAGUGCAGGAAAACCUUUCGGUGGAGGUCCAACUUCUCUCGCCACCAAAGAAUGCACCAGGAAGAAGAGUUCUGUAGCCCAGACGGGGGCGGUGAAGACUGGAGGGAGGCCCCCGGCUGCAGUCAGCCCCAGAGCGACCCCCCUGCGGAGGAAGCUUUCCUGUGCCCGCAGUGUGGGCAGACUUUCCCCGGGAGGAAAGCGCUCCUUAACCAUCAGAGGACCCACACAGGCCAGGAACCGUACCGCUGCGGCGAACGUGCGAAGGAGUUGACGCACAGGUCGAAAUUGAUCGUUCGUAGGAAGCAGCAUGCCCUCAACAGAAGCCCUGAUGACCGGUCCUCCCGCAGCCAGGACGGAGCGCUCCAGGUCCCUCCGAGCAGCCCGGCCCCGAGCAGCCCUGCCCCGAGCAGCCCGGCCCCGGAGAAGCCCUUCACAUGCAGCCAGUGCGGGAAAGGCUUCCAGAACCACUCCUUCCUCCUCAUCCACCAGCGGGUUCACACCAGAGAGAAGCCGUAUGAGUGCAGGGAUUGUGGGAAAGCUUUCCGGUGGAGUUCCAACCUCUCGCGACACCAGAGGAGCCACUUUCUGGGAAAACGGCUGCUCCUGUACCGCGAGAGCAGGGACACUGCAGAUGCGCAGCCACAAAGCCUGGAGGACGAGAAGAAAGCCUUCUGGUGCCAAGAAUGCGGGAAGAGCUUUACGCGUAAAAGAACCCUCUUAGAUCAUAAGGGGAUCCACAGUGGAGAGAAGCGCUACAAAUGUAACCUCUGCGAGAAAUCUUACGAUCGAAAGUACCGCCUGGUGAAUCACCAGAGAACCCACACGAAAGAGAAGCCUUUCAGAUGUCAGUGGUGUGGGAAAGACUUCAUCGCAAAGCACACCCUCUGCAUCCACCAGAGGAAGCACACCCGCCUGGCGCCGUCGGAAAGCAGCCUGGCCGGGCCGUCUUCCUCUCAGGACAGAGGGGCGAGUUUGCAGGGGUUAAAACGGAGCGGGGAGAGGCGCGUGGAGGGCCGUGAGCAGGGUUCCGGGCCCAGCGGACCGCAGGACUUACCCGUGGCGAAAAAGUGUCACAAGUGUAACACGUGUGGGAAAGCGUUCAGCAAGACCUCCCAGCUCAUCAGUCACAGGAGAUUCCACACUCGCGAGAGGCCCUUCAAGUGCACCAAGUGCGGGAAGACCUUCCGGUGGGCUUCCAACCUGGCUCGGCACAUGAAAGGGCACCUUGGUGAUUAGCUGGGGCCUGACGGAGGGAAGAGGCGGUUCCUGGAGGACCUCAGAGGGAGGCGCUGCGGGAAAGUGCUCCCAGAGGACCCAGCCCUCUUUAUUGUGGAAGCUGGUCGCAGAGAAUCCCGAGGAUUCAAAAGCUCAGAGGCCCUUCGUUUUACCUGCUGGGGAUGAGAUGCUCUUUGGGGACCUUCCGGAGACUCGGGCCCUCAGGAGUGGCCUUUGUGCCAUGGCCUGGAGCUCCCCGGCCAGGUCUUCUUCCGUAACUAAAGGGAGACGCAGGCCGGUGCCCUUCUGCGUUGGCGAGGCAGGCCGUGGCUGCUGGGAAGGGGCCCUGAGGUUUUCCUCGGAGUUUGAUCUGUUCUGGUCCCUAUUCUGUUUGACCUUAAAGCAACAGCAGCUGCAGGAACUCCUCCGAGUCGCCCCAUAUGCCUCCUGGGGAGCUCUGGCUGCGGCUUCAGCCUUCACAGCUGGCUUGGAUCUCUGCUGUGGGCGCCAAGUGGAGGAGAGCAUGUGUCAGGUCCCUCACUGGAGCGUGGAUCGCUCCCAUCCCGUCCCCGUCCCCAUCCCCAUCCCAUUCCCCAUCCCCAUCCCCAUCCCAUUCCCCAGGUGUGCAGCUCCGUCUGUUAAACAGAAAUGUGCUGAGCUUCUCCCACGUGCCAGAGACACAGCAGUGAUCCGAACAGUGCCAUCUUGGAUCUUUACAGAUAAACAUAUGCGAUCCAUAAAUGUUUGGGUUGGUGUGUGUGUUGUGGGCAACAUGCAUUGGAGAAGCGUCAAAGGGCAUGCUGGAUUGGGAGGUGUGCUGUGGUUUUAAACAGGCUGGUCAUGAAGGGCCUCGACUGAGAAGGUGACAUUUGAGCAAAGACCUGAAGGAGUCGGGAGUGGGCUCUGGCGGUCUCUAGAGCCACGCACAGGAGGUGGGCUCCUGUCUGGUGUCUCAGGGAGUGACAGGGUGCCCCUGGGCUGGAGUGGAGUGAGCCAGUGGAAGAGAGGGGGCCAGAGGCGGUGGGCAAGCCGCAGGGCAUCAGGGGCCUCACUGGGCCUGGACGAUAUAAAAUUCCAUAUAUUGAUUUAGAGAGAGAGGAAGGGAGAGGGAGAAGAAGAGAGAGAGAGAGAGAGAGAGAGAGAGAAACAU